GAUAUAGGUUAAAAUCCAGCCCCAAUGCUGCUCAAACUUUGUUUGAUCGGAGCUAGAGGCAACGACGGGAUCGCGGGUACAGAGAUCACCGAAAAUCCCAUAUUUCACCUCCUUCCGAUCCGCUGCUACCCGAAGGCCGAAACCAUUGAGGAAGGUCAACCUGUUCGCGGCACUCUUUCUCUCUCUGCGCGUUCCCGGAUUCACUAAAUUGCAUGUCACCCCAUUCUUCACUCUGGACGACACCCUUCCUUUCCAACACUCCCUCGCUGUUUUUUUUUUUUUUCAUCUUGAUUUCUUGUUCUCAUUUCAUACGGUGAUGGAGUCGGGGUGAAAGUUACGAUACAGCGAGAAUCAGAAGGGUUUAGGCGUGGUGACGGUGAAGAUUUUGGAGAUUUCGCGAGCUGUUCGUUGCUCGAGGGCACAGGAGCCGAAAUGUCGUCGGAUAUACGCAAAUGGUUCAUGAAGCAACACAACCAAGGAAAUGGGGGAUCAACAAAAACUACAGCUUUUCAGAAAUCUUCUCAGAAUGUCUCCGAGAAGGUCAAAGAAGAUGAAGGAAAUUUCCAAAGGAGGAAAACAAGCAAAUAUUUUGCUGCUGUUUCUGAUGCAGAGAAGAAGUCUAUGCCUAUGGUAAAAGAUGAAAUUGCAGCAGAGGAGGUUUCUUCAAAAAGGAAGAACAAAAAAUGUGAUGAUAAAAUACAGAAUGAACUUAAACCGUCACCAGCAAAAAGGUUUCGUAAGGAUGCUGCUGCUUCUAAUGAUGAUGACGACGAUGAUUUUGCGCCAUCCCGUGAGAAGAAAAAGCCAACUGAUACCAAACCCUUAAAGAAUUUGCAGAGCAAUGCUACUCGGGCAAUUAAAAAAUCAGUUGAUGGUGAUAAAAGUGAUGAAGACGAUGAUUAUGAUAAAGAUGCCGAGACUUCUGUUAAGGGUGGUGGAAGGGGCAGAGGUGGCAGAGGAUCAUCCUCAACAGGUGGAAGAGGAGGAAGAGGUGGAAGAGGCGGUUUCAUGAAUUUUGGUGAACGUAAAGACCCGCCUCAUAAAGGCGAAAAGGAAGUACCUGAAGGCUCACCUGAUUGCUUAGCAGGUCUAACAUUUGUCAUUAGUGGCACACUUGAUAGUUUAGAAAGAGAAGAAGCAGAAGAUCUCAUAAAGCGCCAUGGUGGUCGUGUUACAGGAUCUGUCAGCAAGAAAACAAAUUUUCUUUUAGCUGAUGAAGAUAUCGGUGGAAGGAAAUCUGAGAAAGCUAAAGAACUGGGCACCGCCUUCCUAACUGAGGAUGGACUGUUUGAUAUGAUCAACAAAUCAAAACCAAAAAAGGCUUCUGUUCGAACUGAUGGUAAAAGUAAAACUCCUGAAAAGAAAGAUAAAUUGCUGGAAAAAGACGGCCGAAUAAAACAAGAGUUAAAAGGCACGGAGCCUAAUUUGGGGUUUAAAAAGAGUGAUGCAAAAGAUGUUCAAUCGAGUAUCUCUCACCAAAAGAAAAAGUUUAAGGCUGGUGAUUCGUUAACCUGGACCGAAAAAUACCGUCCAAAGGUUCCAAAUGAUAUUAUAGGAAAUCAAUCACUUGUUAAACAGCUUCAUGAUUGGCUAGCUAAUUGGCACAAGGAGUUUCUUCAUUCGGCAAAAAAGCCAACAGGUAAAAGACAGAGUGAUAGUGCAGCCAAAAAAGCUAUAUUAAUUAGUGGAUCACCUGGCAUUGGGAAGAGCACUUCGGCCAAGCUGGUUAGCCAAAUGCUUGGUUUUAAUGUUAUUGAGGUGAAUGCUAGUGAUAGUCGUGGGAAGGCUGAUUCUAAAAUUGCUAAAGGCGUUGCUGGAAGCACAUCAAAUUCCAUCAAGGAACUCAUUGGCAAUGAAGCUUUGAGCAUAAACAAGAAUUGGCCAAAGCAUGCAAAAACGGUGCUAAUCAUGGAUGAGGUUGAUGGUAUGUCUGCUGGAGAUAGGGGUGGAGUGGCUGAUCUUAUUGCUAGUAUAAAGGUUUCUAAGAUUCCUAUAAUUUGCAUAUGUAAUGAUCGGUAUAGCCAAAAGUUGAAGAGCCUUGUCAAUUACUGCAUGCUGCUCAACUUUAGGAAGCCCACUAAACAGCAGAUGGCAAAAAGGUUAAUGCAAAUUGCUCAAGCAGAAGGUCUUCAGGUUAACGAGAUUGCUCUCGAAGAACUUGCUGAAAGAGUUAACGGAGAUAUGCGGAUGGCAUUGAAUCAGUUACAAUAUAUGAGUCUCUCUCUAUCCGUUAUCAAAUAUGAUGAUGUUAGGGAACGGCUUCUUAGCAGUGCAAAAGAUGAAGACAUUUCACCCUUUACAGCUGUUGACAAGUUGUUUGACUUCAAAGGAGGAAAAUUACGAAUGGAUGAGAGGAUUGAUUUCAGCAUGAGCGACCCUGACUUGGUGCCUCUUAUUGUUCAAGAAAACUAUAUAAAUUAUCGACCAUCAUUGGCUGGAAAGGAUGAGAAUGGAGUCAGAAGAAUGAACCUAAUUGCUCAGGCUGCUGAGUCAAUAGGGGAUGGCGACAUUGUUAAUGUACAAAUUAGACGAUAUCGGCAAUGGCAGCUUUCCCAAGCUGGUUCAUUUGCAUCUACUAUAAUCCCGGCUGCUUUAAUGCAUGGAAAUCGGGAAACAUUAGAACCUGGAGAGCGAAAUUUCAAUAGGUUUGGUGGAUGGCUGGGAAAGAAUUCAACAAUGGGAAAGAAUUUAAGGCUUCUGGAGGAUGUCCACAUUCACAUCCUUGCUUCUCAGGCUUCUAAUUUAGACAGGCAAACUCUACGGAUUGACUACUUGCCUCUUCUUUUAAAACAACUGACAGAUCCACUUCGAGUAAUGGCAAAGGAUGCAGCUGUGCAAAAUGUAGUUGAAUUCAUGAAUACAUAUUCAUUUAGCCAGGAGGAUUUGGAGACGAUCAUGGAGCUAUCCAAGUUCAAGGGUCAUCCAAAUCCCAUGGAUGGUAUUCUACCAGCAGUCAAAGCUGCCUUGACUAAGGCAUAUAAACAAGCAAGCACCACUCGAAUUGUGAGAACGGCGGACUUGAUCAACCUUCCAGGUAUUAAGAAGGCUCCAAAGAAGCGUGUUGCUGCAAUUUUGGAACCUGUGGAGAAUAGCUUGGCCGAAGAAAAUGAUGAUACAUUGUUGGAAAAUGAGGAUGGUUCUGAUGCUGAAGAAGCUGAUGAUUCGAUCAGCCAAAAUGGUGAGGCAACCCCUCAACUAGAUCUGAAAACCGAUAAUCGCAAAGGAAUUCAAGUUCAGCUUGAUCUGAAAAAUGAGGAUGGCAUGUCAAACAGUAAGAGCGCAUCUGCAUCCAAAGCAAGAGGUUCUGCAUCUUCAGACAAGGGCGGUGGUCGAGGUGGCUCGGCUGGUGGCAAGAGGAAGAGAUGAUAUAAUACUCCGCACGAACAACUGAUUUCGGGUACAUCUCUUCGUGACUGUCAUUUGGCUUCCACAAAUUUUGUUUUGUUCUGAAUUUUGUGUUUCAACUCUAGCAGUUUGGUUUACUUUCAUGUUAUUCUAUGCAGUUUUUUCAUACUUAGUGGUGCUUCUUUUCCAUGUUUAAAAAUAAAAAAGGUAGUUUCGUAAUAUUCUGAGCUGGUGGUGUUGGCUUUCUACAAAA